GGAGAAGGACACCAACAUCUUCUCAGAGUUCCUCCUGCUGCCGUUACGGAUCAUCACACACAGAGUUCAGGCUUUGUGUUUAGGGUCAGGCCCAACAUGUUCUCCUACAUGGACACCAAACACAAGAAGACCGUCACAGUGCGAGAGAUCACCGUCCUGAAGAUCAGCGCUGAAAGAUUGUCUCGCCUCAACAAUCUGAAGCUGGGAAACUUCAGCUACGAGAAACAUCCAUUAAGACUCGGAGCUGCAGGAAAACCACUUCACGGUGGUUCUCAGGAAUAUCUCGGGCAGGACAUGACUUCACUCAGAAACCGGCUUCAGUGUUCCUGCAGUUUAUUGCUGAUCAACACUCGUCUGUGUCGUGUUUGUAAUGUUGACAGUGAAGAAGCUCAGUUUUUGUGUUUGGUUGAGGGAUUUUAAAGCUCUGGCAGACUGUAAAGACAAUUAUUACAUGUAUUUUCAGAACUUGAGCAUAAACUGAACAUUUUCUGGUUCUUGAUUAAUUUUGCUAUUUAAUGAUUUAUUGUUGUUUCAUGAUGAAUACUGAAGUUUUCAGUGUGAAUAUUGUAAGCUGAAUAAAUGAAUCGUUUUCUCUCGGUGUGUCGGGCGUGUCCUCAAACACCCACAGCAAACAUUCCCCGCUGCAGACGAGAUGAAGCAACGCGUUCCUCCUUCAUUCUUACAGCGACUGGGCCUUUAUCAGGGGAUUCUUUGCUCACAAAAAGGACUUGACAUCUGUGAAAGGCGUUAAAGAUUGAAGACUGGCUUUUCUCCUGCUGCUCGUGACGAUGAUCACAUGACUCUGAUCAGAUGUUGUCCUCGCAGAAGCACACACAUUAGUGUUGAGAAAAACAUUUCAUCAGUGUAAUCAUAUCUGCAGGAUAAGACUGCCAUGUUGAGACAUUUAAAGUGUUCAGAACUCUUCAUGAUAACACUUGUGAAAUCCCUUAUACAUCCAAUACCUGUGGCGUGUCCCUCCAUUGCACUUUGACCUCAUCACAUUAAAGCAGUCAUUUGUCAACAGUUUGAUGCAUUUAAAGGAUAGUUUACCCAUAUGAGUUUCUUUGCUGAACACAAGAGAUUUUGAAGGGUAAUCAAACAGUUGAUGGACCCCAUUGACUUCCAUAGAAUUGGAAAAAACCUGAAAGUCAGUCUUAUCAACUGUUUGAUUACUGACAUUUUUUCAAAUAUCUUCUUUUGUGUUCAGCAGAGCAAAGAAACUCAUACAGGUUUGGAACAACUUGAGGGUGAGUGACUGAUGAACUGUCCCUUUAAUACAUCAUUUUUAUCAGGUGAAAUGUCUUCAUGUUAUUUGUAAAUUCAGUCCAUCCAGGUUAACUAUAAAAACUAGUCGCUUUUAACAGACAUUAAACAACUGUGUUAAUUAUAGUCCAAAUACUGAUUCACAUCUGAUGUUUUACACAGUAUUGCUUCAGACAGUCGGAUCACCAGUCUGUGAGGAGUCCAGUACCAUAACCACCACCAUGACCCCUGACCCCUAAUGUUACAAAACUAAUGUAAUAAUUGUUGUAACCAUUACGUGUUACACUGAUAUUAUAUGAUGAUAUAUGAUAUUAUGAUAUUAUAUUAUAUUAUAUAUUGAGCGGAACAUUCAACAAAUUUUGAAUUGUCCAAAUUAUCCCCUUCGUGAUUUUAUAUAACAAGGUGAAAAUCAGAAUUUCUCAAUGUUGUUUUGUGAAUCUGGUUAAUCAGGUUAAGCUAGGGCUUUAGAGCUGUUGAGUAAUAUUCAGUUCCUGUGAAAACCUGUUCCAGUGGGCGGAGCAUAUGUGCAUAUUCAUGAAUAUUCACUCUGCAGUGGGCGUGGCUUUAUUGAAAUACGAACAAACGAAUGGAAUGAAAGGUGUUUUAUCUUGUUUUAUCAUGUUUGAUAGAUUAUUUCGAUAAGGUAAUACAGCCGAAUGGACACGUGCUCAUUUACAUGAUCAACUGUUCUUAAUCUUAACAUUAUAGGCAUUAUAAAAUAAUCGCUUUGCACAUGCUUUUAUUAGAAAGCUUUCAUCAGGGUUUUUCAUCGUUUUUGCUGUCUAGCCUAAUGUUAGGGAUACAAAAAACUAAUCAAGCACAUAUUUCUGUUUUUCCUCGUUGUUUGUCGCAUCUUUUGAAGUUGUAAGUCCUUAUAAUUAGUUUAUUUUGCAGCAUCGUGACUUUCACAAAAAUUACUGAAAUAAAAUUCAGUUUUGAUAAAGAUUUUAAAAAGUUCUUUGACGUUGUUUUGUGUUCACUCUUGUCAGUUUUCAU